AUGUUGGCCCAGAGUGCGCUGGUAGGAGGGUGGAACGACGCAUACCAUUCAGGAGGAUACUUGAGCGCAUUGCCAAAGAACUUCCAAGACCAAAGGUUUCAUAAGAGAGACUCGUCAGGGUCGUCGGUCACGUCGGUUGGGCCGCCGUCGCCUCUCAACCAGAACACUAUAUACCCACACAUCGUCGCCACAUCUGACUCGAGUUUUCCGCCUUCCUACGACUUUGACUAUACCCAAACUCCCCAUACUGCCAAGUCAGAAUCUGCCAUGAUGUACCCACACACCUUUGGCGCCGUCGAUAUGAGAAGGAUCCAAUCAUCAGGCACCGACGAACGUACGCCAUACACGUUGUCGGCGCCGCAAUCAGUGUCGACGAUGAGUCACAAUUCACCCGCGACACCGCAUACAAGUUGCGAGCCGGAGUUCGAUGACAAGAACAUUUAUGGUGAGAUAGCAAUCAUGAGCGACGACGAAAUGUUCGACUACUCACAAUUCGAUUCAGGAUAUCCUACCGCCGCAUACCAACAGUCGCUCCAAGAUGUCUUUCCAGACCAGCAUUUCCCUACCGGCAUGGCCUAUCCUCAACAGAAUAUGCAAAGAAUGACGGUGGCCUCUCACCGACCAAACAUGAUGGCGGACCGACUUCAGGCGGCCCAACAAGAUCAUUUGCGAACCGAUUCACCGACAUCGAAUCCGCGCGACAAAUCGCCAUUCCAACAAAACUCGCCUUACAAUGUGCCGGCCAAAACACAACGACCACCACCCCCGGCGACUCUUCAGAAACAGCGCACGUCGAUAUCGCCCAAAGAGUUGAUGCUGGAUGAGCAUGACAUCGACGAACAGGCAACACCAUUGUUUGGGGCUGAUCAGUCUCGGUCCAUGUUCGGCAACCGGAGAACGCCAUCGAAUCUUUCCAACUUCUACACUCCCAACAUGGCGGCGAGCGACCCGUCGAUGCAAAUCUCUCAACAGUAUCCAUUCGUCAGCCAGUCAAAUCAACCCACUCCCGACUUCCCGGCGCACAUGCUAUCAAUGGAAUCAACAGCGGAGGAAGGAUCAUCCGAACCUUCUAGUCAGCAAUCGCUUCAAAGGCCUAGAUCUCAAGCGCCAGCUGCGCCACAACAGUCAGGACAACGCCCCGUCGACACAUCAUCUGACUCGGGGACUUACUCAUGCACCUACCACGGUUGCCACUUGCGAUUUGACACGCCGGCCAAACUUCAGAAGCACAAGCGGGAAGGUCACAGGCAGACAUCACCCUCGUCGUCAUCAUCACCGAACCUGGCCUUGCGGAAUUCUCAGGCUGGCCCACAUCGAUGCGAUCGCAUUAAUCCUAGUACGGGCAAGCCUUGCAACUCGAUCUUCUCUCGGCCAUAUGAUUUGACUCGACAUGAGGACACCAUCCACAAUUCCCGAAAACAGAAGGUGCGAUGCCACCUGUGUACGGAAGAGAAAACCUUCUCACGUAACGAUGCGCUGACAAGACAUAUGCGCGUUGUUCAUCCUGAUGUUGAUUGGGUUGGCAAGCAAAAGCGCAAGAGUCAGAAGUGA